AUGGCGUCGACCAUCCCCAUCGUUAAGAAGCGCACCAAGGCGUUCAAGCGCCACCAGUCGGACCGCUACCACGGCGUUAAGGAGUCGUGGAGGAAGCCCAAGGGUAUCGACAACCGCGUUCGUCGUCGCUUCAAGGGCCAGCUUCCCAUGCCCAAGAUCGGUUACGGUUCGAACGCCAAGACCCGCCACCUGAUCCCCUCGGGCCACAAGGAGCUCCUCGUCAACAACGUUGCCGACCUCAACCUCCUCCUCAUGCACUCGGGCAAGUACGCCGCCGUUGUCGCCCACGGUGUCUCGUCGAAGAAGCGCAUUGAGAUCGUCCAGCGCGCCAAGAUCCUCGGCGUCAAGGUCACCAACGCCGCUGCCAAGCUCCGCACUGAGGAGGCCUAG